AGAUCUGCCAUGGAGCGUUUUUCACUCCUCUGUUUCUUUAAGGUUUUUUAGCCCCGAUCUUGUGCCAUGGAGUCUCGGAUCGGCUCUCUAGCGCUUUCUGGAAGAUAGAUCUGAGCCAUUUGGUGUGUUCAAACAUAGAAACGGUGCUCUGUUUCCAAUCGUUUUGUAGAGCUAGUCCGCCGCGUCAACCGGAUUUCCUAGGUGCCAGUGGGUGCAGUGGCCCUCACGACGUGUUCUCGAUUAUGCCUGCCGGCAAUUGAUGAUGUCCUCUACUACGAUCAGUUUGAAGAAUGUUUUUAAAUGCAAGCAAAGGAAGGAGAGGGAUCAUUGCCAUGGGACAGGUACGGUCUUAUGUUCCAUUUAGUCGAGGAUGGUAAUCAGGCAUUUCAAGCAAAUCAAUUUCAGGUGAAGGUUUAUAUUUAGUUUGGUUUUCUUGUAUUUUCUAGUCACUCAGCAAUUCUCUUGUUUAUUUCUUAACAUAUUCUGCUGUUUUUGUGGAAAGAAUUUAUGGAAGAAGAUGUUUUAGAUCAAAAGUAUGUUUCCAAAUGUGAGAUUAAACUACUCAAUUAAUUAUAGGGACAAGAAAGGAUAAUUUGGUUAUAUUUUGGUAGUUUCUUCUUCUCUGCACUAAGGCAAGGUGCCAAAUGUUAAAAACUAAAAAUGCCUCAGCCUUUCCCAUGCAAGGUGCCUAUAAUGCACUCAACUUACUGUCACCUAAGGAGCUAGUGCUAAUCUAAGGCAAUAAGGCAAGUACCUUUCUAAACAUUCCUGUAAUUGUAUCUUUAAGUUUUAUAUGAGAGCCUAAUCCAACUUUAAAAGUUAUGAUUUAAUUAAAAGGGUUAUUUUCAUCACUUGUAAGGAUUCUCAAUGAUUUAGGAGUCCUUAAGAAACCUAAAGAGUAGCAUUGUCAUUAUUUAAUAAGGAAAGACACAGCACCCAAAGUAUAAAAAAAGAAUUAAAACAGUACAUAAAAGUUAUUUUAUUUUUCAUUCAUAUUUUUUUUUAUUGGCAACUGAAACAGAGUACACAUUUUCCUAAAAGGAAAACAGAAAACAUGUUCUCCUCAACAUCUAUGUCAGAAUAUGCAUCUGUCUGAUUUUCUUUAGUAUUUGAUGAAAAUCAUGAGAAUCUGGAAGGCACCUUGUUCUGCUUGGGCAACUGCCUCUCAGGGACAGUGUGUAACACUUCAAAUUCACCUUUUUGCUUUUUCCACAUUGGUUAUACCCUAGUAACUUUGCAUGAUUCUUAUACGAUUAAGGUGUGCCUCUAGCAAUGUGCUGUUUAAAAGGGAAUUUAACAUUUUUUUCCUACCUCAGAGUUUUCUAUAAUGAUGCAUACAAUGGUAUUUGUUGAAAUGAUAUCUACUAGGCUUUCAUUUAAGCCAAAUCAAGAUGCUUUAUUCUUUAUGUUGUAGAAAAUAUUUUCAUGGUCUUUUCCAUCAUUAAUUGAAUUUUUCUUGUGAGGAUGAUUGUGCAUGGAUUUUAUUUGUUCUGUUCCAUGUAUUAUGCAUUUCUUGAUUCUGAGGGGAAUGAUUUCUUGAGGUCAUCACCAUCUGGAAAUCACCAGCCAUAACCUGUGUUUGUGUAUGGUUAAAUAUUUUGAUGUCAUAUGGAACUACAAUGUUUGAAUGAAAUAUGAGUCCUUAAGAGUUUUUUGGCUGACAUAUGCAUUCACGAUUCUCUUAUAAACCGAAACUUUGUAUUGAAAUUUAUCAAAUUUUAAUGUCACGUCUCUCCGAAUCAGAGGGUAUUUGCUAUGAUAUCUUCCCAGUUCUGAUGUUUUCUCUUCUACUGUCAGGACACUAUGCUUUAUCGACAUGACAACAGAUGUUUGACUUGCAAGUUCGGGGUGUUGCGCGAAGCUGUUAUCUCAACUCUACGCUAGAUAUUUUACUUGUUUCAUCGAUUUUAGUAAUUUUAGUGUUUUUCUCUGUUAGAAUUUACUAUUUUUUUAAUUUUGCUUUGUACAUUUUUAAUUUUUGGUUUUUUUAUUAUUUCAACUUUUAUGUAAUUUAAUUUCCUAGAGUAUGUUAGGAGUAUCUUUGCUGGCUGCGUGAUAAAAUGGUUAGAUUUAGUGCUUUUUUAACAUUGUUUGCAUGCUAGAAAAGAUAAGGAAAAAAAAAAAAAACUGUAUCUGCUCACAAUAUCUGAUUUUGUUUAACUGUUGAAAUAAAAACAUAAUUACUUA